AUGUCGAGUUUUAAAACAAUUACGGAACGACCCCAGGCAAGUAGGAUAGAUCGUCCAAAAUCUUGUGCUGAAGAAACUUCAGUCAGUCCCAUGGAUUCUGGGGGGGACAAAAAACCGACAAGCAAAUCAAGUAGAAACACUAAGAUCUUUAAAAUCAUAACCUACAAUGUAAGAACAUUAUCGUCAAGUAGUAAACUUCUAGAAAUGGAAGAGGAGAUUAAGGACAUAAGCUGGGAUAUAAUCGGUUUAUGUGAAACAAGAAGGAAAGAAGAACAACUUCUUAAAUUGAAGUCCGGACAUCUCUUUUAUCAAAAUGAAAAUCCCAACAGCCCUGACGGUGGUAUAGGAUUCUUAAUAAACAAACGACUUGAAAAAUCAAUAGUCACUCUAAAGACUAUAUCAGACAGAGUGGCAUAUAUAACACUUUCCAUAAGUAAAAGGUAUGAAAUUAAAAUUAUUCAAGUAUACGCUCCUACGACAGCCCACACAGAUGAGGAAGUUGACAUCUUCUAUGGUGACAUAGAAAUAGCACUUAAAGAGAAUCGAUGCUACUAUACUUUUAUUAUGGGGGACUUUAACGCCAAAAUUGGAAAACAAACAGAUAUGUCGGAGGUGGCAAUUGGAAGCUUUGGAAUAGAUGGUCGAAAUGAGAGAGGACAGACAUUGAUAGAUUUCCUGCACAAUCAAAAGUUAUAUGUAAUGAACAGCUUCUUUCAAAAGAAAUUGCAUAGACGAUGGACUUGGGUAAACCCAAAUGGAAGAACAAAAAAUGAAAUAGACUUCUUUAUCACGACGCGGAAAAGAUUUGUCACAGAUGUUACAGUUCUAAAUAAAUUCGGUAUAGGGAGUGAUCAUAGAGCUGUAAGAGCAACUGUAAGAAUAAACGCCAGAAAUGAACGACAAAAAAUGAUAAGAAAGAAACAACAAAUAAAGAGACUAGCUGAUGGGAAAAAGGAAAUCAUCAAACUCAAGGAUAACAACAAAAAAGAAACAAACAAUAGGAGAGAAUUGGUAAAAAUUGUAGAAGAAUUCUACAAGGAACUAUAUAGGAGCAGAAGAGAAGAAUUAAAUAUUACAGAAAAUAAAAUGAAAGUCGUAAACCAAGGUUCAGAACUUGUACCCGAAAUAACAAUUGAAGAGUCAAAAAAUGCCCUAACGGAAAUGAAAAACAAGAAAGCGGCAGGAGAAGACCAAAUUGUGAUAGAAGCUGUCAAAGUUGGGGGUGAGAAACUUUUAAAAGAAAUAAUCUCCCUCUUCAAUCUAUGUCUACAAAAGGGGGAAAUCCCGGAAAAGUGGAGAAAUGCGACGAUAAUUCUCAUCCACAAAAAAGGGGAUAUAACGAACCUUGAAAACUAUAGACCUAUAAGCUUGCUUUCUCACCUUUAUAAAUGGUUCACUAAGAUCGUAACGAAACGCUUGGAACGAAAGUUAGACUUUUAUCAGCCCAGAGAACAGGCGGGGUUCAGAAUAGGGUAUGGAACAAACGACCAUUUGCAAACGAUUAAGAUACUGAUAGAAAAAUCCAUAGAAUAUAAUAGGCCCCUCGUAAUGAUAUUUGUCGAUUUUAAAAAGGCGUUUGACACAGUUGAACUUCCAGCAAUUUUAUCAGCCCUGCAACAAUGUAGGAUAGACUACAGAUACGCAAAGCUCAUUAAACACAUAUAUGAAAACGCAACUCUAAAUGUAAAUCUCCACGAACCAACAAAUAAGAUACAUGUAGGACGCGGGAUUAGACAAGGAGACACUAUCUCUCCUAAGCUCUUCACAUGUGUGUUGGAAUACUCUUUCAAAAAAUUAAACUGGGAAGAGAAAGGUAUAAAUAUCGACGGUAUUACAGAAACUGACUUGUGCUUUAGCCCUCAACUUCUCAAGCUGUUGAUGAAAAUACCAAAGCUUCUAGUAGGACCAUACCAUCAAAAGGUAAAAAUUGACCAUCAUAGAGAACUAUUUUCUCUUCUUUGA